AUGCCGUUUGAUAUCACCGAAGACGACAUCGCACGUUUUUCAACCAUUGAACACGAAUUCUCAUCGGUAAAGGACCAUUUCGAUAACUACAAGUUUGCACUGAUAGAACGAGAGAGUAAAAUGCUGUUCCUCGACAGCAUCAAGGACGAUGUGCAGGUUGACUACCUACCAAUAUUUAAGGAGAGUAAGAAAAGGCUCAAAGAGACGAAAGAUGUGGGCAUCGCGCUGGAAGAAGAGAUAAAAGAGCUGAGUGUAAAGAACUAUGAGCUCAGAAAAAGUAUAAAUGGAAUUGAUGUGGCGUAUGACACGCUAGAAGGGCUGAAGAAGCGCUUUUUGGAGAGCGAGAACGAGUUUAACAGGGUAGAAGAGAUUGCCAAGCUGGAGAGAGAGUACAAUACGGCAAGUGAAGCAGCAAGGGGAAUGGUAGCGGAGCUGGAGAGGCUGAAGGAGGAGGGAGAAGAACUGUCGACAGAGUGUGAUAGAUCGUAUGCAGUGCAUCUGCGGGAGCGGGUGGACGAGCUCAAGCGAAAGAGAAAAAGAUGGAGCCGUGUGGAGUAUGACAGGAUGCUGGUCGAUGCCUACAGAUGGUAUGAUAUGAUGGUGAACGUGCUAGAAAUGUUCUUUGGAACACUGGGCGCUGUGACAAUGAAAAAAAAUGGAUUUGAUCUGAACGUGUGUGUGGGAGGCAUGGAAAUGGCAGUUAUGAUAAGAAACGGGGCAUUUGUGGGUGUUAAUGGGGUGGAGAAUGAAUGGAUUGGUGAUCUUGUGCGGUGGUGUGUACGGCUGGAGAGCGCACGGUUGUUUGUUCUGAUGGCCAAGAGGCAGCUCAGAAAAUAAAAAUGUACUAAGCGAUCAGCACCGUGUAAGAUAUUUAUUUUCCUCCAUCGCUCGUGGUGCUCAUCCUUUGUUGAUUUUAGACGGUGCUUCUCCCGUGCUAGCGUUAAAUGGCCGUUCCUCCACGACGGCAGGUGCAUUUGCUGUGCCAGUGCUAAAUAAAAAGUUGCAGGCAA